AUGGAUGAUACUGACAAUGACCCAACUUUUCUACCAGGAGGUCAUCGAAACACGAAUCCAAGUUUAAGUCCAAGCUCAAGUUUAGAUAAUUUGUAUACUCCCGGCCCUUCGACAGGUACGUUACAAAAUCAAAUUGAUUAUUCUAACGAAGAAAAUUCUUUUGACAACACAUCUAACGAUGAUACUGAUUAUAAUAAUUUUAAUUCUAAUUCAACUGACACAUUAUGGAAGGAUGACUAUAUACCUGAUUUUAAUUUUGAUACUACAACUAGUGGAAUCAAAUUAAAUAUUGAAGAAACUGCUCGUCAUUCCCCAAUUGAAAUAUUUAAUCAAAUUUGGACUAAAGAAGUUAUUGACAUUAUCGUGAAAUCUACAAAUGCAUACGGAAUAAACCAAAAAAAUAAAAAUCGACCUCAUGGAAAAUAUUCUCGUAAAUCUAAAUUUACCGAAACUGACCCAGAAGAAAUAAAAAAAUUUCUUGGAAUGUGUAUGCUUAUGGGUUCAUUAAAAUGUCCAUCAUUGCGGGAUAUUUUCUCAAAUAAUCCAUUAUAUUAUCACCCUAUAAUAAAAUACACCAUGCCAGGGCGACGUUUUGAACAGCUUCUCGCGUACUUCAGCGUUGAAUAUUCAGGUCUAUCCACAGAUACUGGCCCAAUGAGCAAAUUAAAUCCACUGUUCAAAAUACUAAUUGCAAAUUUUCAAAAAGCAUUUUACCCGGGAGAAGAUUUAUCUUUAGACGAGUCACUACUGUUACAUCGCGGAAGAUUAAGCUUUAGGCAAUAUAUAAAGGGCAAGAAGGCAAAAUAUGGGAUAAAAUUGUUUGAACUAUGUGAUCCUAAUGGAUACGUGUUAAAUAUUGAAGUUUAUAAGGGUAAAAAUAAUUAUUUAUUGCCGUCAACAAAUUCUAAAACAGAUAGCCUAGUCCUUAGGCUUAUGGAUCCAUAUUUAUGCAAAGGCCACAGUUUAUUCAUGGACAAUUAUUAUAACAGCACUACUCUUUCCGAAUUAUUAUUAAAAAAAAAACUCAUAGUACGGGAACUCUGA